CCUCUUCAAGCUCUCGAGUCCAGGUAUAUUAACACCAAAAACCCACCACACAAAAUCCCUAACCGCAGGUAACCUCUCUUCAAGAAUCCUCUACCUAAAAAUAUCUUUAACAGCACUAUUGCCUGGCUAUCUUCAGAUUAAGCCCAGGAUAUACCCUUUUAAAGGACUGUUUUCGCUUCUGGCUUUUAAGCUAGUUUUAGCUUGAGACACUCGGAUUUAGAGCGACCAGUCUUGACUCAGCACUACUGGGCUUGGGUCAUUUGUAUUUGCAUUUAGAGGUAUAGAAAUUUAUUAAAAGUAAACAUCACAAAGGAAGCUGGGAUGCAGGUGAAAUUCAUAAUUUUAUGAAGAAUAAGCACAAACAAGGCUUGAUCAAUAUAAGUAUUAGUAAGUAAUCGAGCAAUUUGUAAUGCUCCAACAAGGUAUGAGAGAAGGAGUACACUAGAAAUAAAAAGUAUUGACUUCAAACGGAAAAUGUUUGCAAAUACAAGAGGAUCAGCUCCUGCAGACCAAAAGGGAAGGAACCGAGUGAGAAUAAACUUCGCUGAGCUUCUACCAGAUGAGACAAAUUAUCGUAAUUUUGAAGUCUGUCCAAUCAACCAGGCUAGCACCAAAGUAUUCAUUAAGAAUGAAUUUAAAGCAAGAGGAAGCAGCAAAUUUAUUCCUUCUCUUAACAAGAAAUGUGAGUUUGAGCCUACCAAGAAGCUCAAAUAAAGAGAUACAAGGGUGCACUCUGAAGAACUAUUUUGAAUGCAAACUGAUCAGUCCAGAAGAGAUAGAAGAGGAAGAACCUUCUAUAGGGAAAAAGAAGAAAUACAAGCUUUCUGUUAGAGAGAACCUCAGAAAAUUUAGGUCAAAUAUUUCUAGCCCUCCAAGAGCUUUUACUAAGCAAACCUCACGAAAAGAAUGUCAACCAUGAAGUAGCAUGAAAUGAAUGAUCCAUAAUAACACUAGAAGAUCUGUGCCCACAGCUCCAACAUUUGGCUCUAGGAAUAGCAUGUCUUGACAAAACUCGGUGAGGAAUAGUAUUAACAUCAUUACCUCCCAUCAUGGAAUUCAUAAGCAGCCUAGGAUUUGAAAGAAGAAAAUGAGGAACUUGAAGCAAGCAAAUUCAAUUGUCAAAAAGUUUAUGACAGAGCGGAAUAUGUCUCAGCCAAAAAUUCCUGUAAAAUCUAAGCAGGAACAAGAGAUAGAGCAUGUAAUUGAAGAAGCAAAGAAGGGAUCCCUUUCGCCAGCGAGAAAAAUGAUGAGCUCCCACUUGAAAACAGCUAAAAGGUUUAGUAUAUUGAGAGAUAAAUUCAAGCCAAAGGAAAAUAACUUCCUCUCACUUAUUAAAAACCUCAAAAAGGAUAUGGAGCAAGAGGAGAUAGAUGAAGAUGAUCAUAAGUUGUUUCAGAAUGGUCAUGAUCGACUUCUGGAUGAUGUGAAAGGUAGUCUCAAUAUCUUAGAUAAUAAUAACAAGCUCCUGAAGAAAUUGCAAAAUGAGGCGAAAAUUUCAUGGAAAAGAUCAGUCCUCUCAGCCAUGGAAAGCUUUAAAGAUUUUAAAUUAAGCUCUGUAGAUGAAUUUAAAUAAGUCUGUUCCCCAAAAGCCUAUGUUUCAUCCAUCAGCACCAGAAUUCUUUUCUCAAAUCAAACAUAACAACUUCUAUGACGUCCGCUUCAUGCUUCAAACAAAUCCAAAGCUUGUAUACGAAUUCGAUGCUAGGUUUCAAACAGGAUUGCAUUGGGCUGCAAAGAGAGGCUACUGUAAGAUUCUUCGUUUGCUACUGCAAUAUGGAGCGAAUAUAAAUCUUAAGGAUGUGUCUGGGAGGACACCUCUUUACAUUGCUUGUAAGUACAACCAGACAGAUGUUGUUAGAAUAUUGCUGGCUAACAAGGCAAAUACAUUUUCUAAAUGCUCUCGUAAGAUAAGCCCUCAAGAGGCUACAUCGGAUCACGCUAUCCAUCAGAUGCUAGAGAAGGGUAAAAUGAUACAUGUAGUUAUGCGAUUUAUACCUGAAAAUAAGAGAAAGAAUGUCCUUAAUGAGCUUGGCCUCAAUUACUUCCUGAAGGACAUUGAGAAGGAGCUUGAAGAUCAGACAGCAUAAAUUUUACAUUUCAAUUUGA